AAAAAAAACAACACAAAAAAGGACAAGAUCACAACCGGAAAGCCGAAGAGAUGGAGAAAGAGAAGGAGAAAGUUGGAGGAGGCGAGAGAUGGAGGACCGCCAUCGUCAACCUCUCAGAGAUGGCGUCGAAUUUGGAGUCUCUGCAGAGGAUCGUCGCCAAAAAGGCCGUCUUCGUCGACGACGACACCUUCUCUAGGGCUUCCCUCUCCUCCGACCAGGCCAAAUCCAUCAAGACUCUUGAGCAGAGGGUAGAGACUUUGGAACGUGAACUUGAUGCUUCAAUUGCAGCAGCAGCUCGUGCACGUACUGAGAAACGGCAGGCUGAGGCAGCUCAGCGAUCUGCUGAAUUACAUGCACAAGAGGUUACACGAGAGCUCGAAAACACUACAAAGGUUUUCAAGCUACACAUGGAAGAAUUGCGUUCGAAACAAGAGGAGAUCUCGAAGAAAGAUCACGAGAUCAAAGUUUUGGAAGCUAUAAUUCAAACACUAAGCAGAAAUGACUUGAGCGCUGCUGAUGAUUAGGACCCCUCGUGUGAGUUUACAGUGUUCCUCCUGUCUGUCUUCUCAGAACUGACAUUAUCAGAUGAGAUGUCUGUCCGUCCUCUCAACUUUAUCUUUAAUCUCCGCGUUCUUCUUUUUACCAGAAGUAUCACAUUUUUCAAAGUUCCAUAUAUCAAGCAUUUCCACAAUCACGUUGAGAGUUCAUUCCUCUGUUUUAUUUGCGAGAAGAGAAGAAUGUGUACAGAACUUAAGAUGUCGUUCGAGGAGGAGGAAGAGGUUAAUUUCAAUCCUCCCAACAAUGUAAAAUUAUAUAUCUUUUGUAAUAUAAUUAUAUGUCGUGUUCGGCUUUUGAACUACCACCACUAGUUUGUAUCAGGUGUCGAAAGAUGAGAUCGUAAGUGACAGAAUGUGCAAUGCCCUUUUUGGUUAUUUAA